GUCCCUUUCAACCAAACACAAAGAGAGCAAGCAAACGAAGCGAAGGAAGCGCCUUGUCCGUUCAUCUCUCCGCCGAGCUCCGUCGAGUAUUCCGGCGACGAGGCAUUUUGGUAAUUUGGAGGAGAGUUGGAAGAGACUUGGAGUUAAAGUUUCGUAGUAAGGGAAAAGAGAAAAAGGUUGCUUUUUUAUUGGUUUCUUUCUAUAGCUAAAGGGAAGGGAGAAGAAAGAUAGAAGCUUUUUUUUUUUCUUUUUUCUAUUUUUUUGGAUUAGAGAGGAGAUGAAGGUUCAGAGUGGAAAUGGGAUUUCUGCGAAUUCAGUAGAAGGAGAGAGAAAAACUAUCAAUUCAGAGUUAUGGCAUGCUUGUGCUGGACCUCUUGUGUCUUUGCCUCCAGUUGGCAGCCUUGUGGUCUAUUUCCCUCAAGGUCAUAGUGAACAGGUAGCAGCUUCAAUGCAUAAGGAGAUUGAUAGCAUCCCAAGUUAUCCCUCGUUGCCAUCUAAGCUUAUAUGUGUUCUUCUCAGUGUUACCCGUCAUGCUGAUGCUGAAACUGAUGAGGUUUAUGCACAAAUGACUCUUCAACCUGUUAACAAAUAUGAUAAGGAGGGAUUACUAGCAUCGGAAAUGGGUCUCAAGCAAAACAAGCAUCCUGCAGAAUUCUUUUGCAAGACACUUACAGCAAGUGAUACGAGUACUCAUGGUGGAUUUUCAGUACCUCGGCGUGCAGCUGAAAAGAUAUUUCCUCCUUUAGAUUUUACAUUGCAACCGCCUUGUCAAGAAUUAGUAGCAAAAGAUUUGCAUGAUGUUUCAUGGACAUUUCGACAUAUCUAUCGAGGUCAGCCGAAAAGGCAUUUGCUGACUACAGGUUGGAGUGUGUUUGUUAGUACCAAAAGACUUUUUGCUGGAGAUUCUGUCCUCUUUAUACGAGACGAUAAAUCACAGCUUCUCUUGGGAAUUAGGCGUGCCAAUAGACAACAGCCUGCUCUAGCAUCAUCGGUGCUAUCUAGUGAUAGCAUGCAUAUAGGAAUCCUUGCUGCCGCUGCUCAUGCUGCUGCAAAUAAUAGCCCAUUUACUAUCUUUUAUAACCCGAGAACAAGCCCAUCAGAAUUUGUUGUUCCUUUGGCCAAAUACAACAAGUCAAUGUACACCCAAGUCUCUCUCGGUAUGAGAUUCAGGAUGAUGUUUGAGACCGAGGAGUCUGGAGUACGUAGAUACAUGGGAACAAUCACUGGCAUCAAUGAUUUGGAUCAUGUUCGGUGGAAAAAUUCACAGUGGCGUAAUCUGCAGGUUGGCUGGGAUGAAUCGACAGCUACUGAAAGAAGAACAAGAGUAUCACUAUGGGAGAUUGAACCUGUGACAACUCCUUUUUAUAUAUGCCCCCCUCCUUUUUUCAGACCAAAGUUCCCUAAACAACCAGGGAUUCCAGAUGAUGACUCUGAUGUUGAGAAUGCAUUUAAAAGGGCAAUGCCAUGGCUAAACGAUGAUUUCAGCAUGAAAAGCCCUCAAAGCUCAGUCUUUCCAGGCCUAAGCCUUGUUCAAUGGAUGGCUAUGCAACAAAACCCUCAGCUAAUCCCCUCAACGUCUCAACCCUCAUUUAUCCCUUCUAUUUCCCAAGAUAGUCUCAGUAAUGAUAGCACAUCCAAAAUCCUAAAUUUUCAAUCCCAUUCCUCCCUUGUCCCAAGCCUCCAGUUCCCUCCAAAACAACAAAUUCAACAAUCGGAUCAGUUUCAGCAAUUACCCAUUUCCUGGAAUCAACAGCAGCAGCAGCAAAAUCCACAUCAUCAUCAACAACAACAAAACUCUGUUCAUUUACUGCAACAACAGCAGCAGCAGCAGCAUUUACAGAGAGCUCUUAGUGAAGCAUCGAUGGAACUUAAGCAACCAAAACCUUCCAAUAAUCAAAUUCCAUCUCUGAACCAGUUACAAAAUCAGAACUUGCAAAUGCCUGUGCUUUCAAAACCUGGAAAUCAACUUCAACAACCAUCAUCUCAACAAGUAUCGCCUCAAGUUUUUCAAUUUCAGCAGCAGCAGCAGCAGCUUCAAUUGCAAUUACUUCAGAGGCUACAACAGCAACAGCCUCCCUCUGAAUUCAUUCCUCAAACACAGUCUCAAAUAUGUAAUCAAAUUCCAGCAAAUAACUUAAUGUGUCAUCAGAAAUCUCAGAUACUAGCUCGAGCUCAUUCAAAUAUCACAGAACCCGAUGCCCCUUCAUGCUCAACAUCAGUUUCUCCUCGAAUUCAGGAAGAAGAAGCCCUUCCCCCAAUGGACAGUCUUCUUCAAGAAAUCCGAACCAAACCAGAAUCGAGACUUAAACAUCACGAAAGAAGAGAGUCUGAUCAAUUGGAUGCUUCAUCUGCAACCUCUUUUUGUUUGGAUGGCAGUGCAAAUGACUGCUUUCCCUUUCCUCCUGUUUCUUUAGAUAAUGAUGUUCAAAUUGGCGGAGUUAGUAAUAACGAUGGUUUGUUGCCUGACGUGAUGAUGUCAAGGGGAUUUGGAUCUAGUUUUGGAAAUCAAAGGGAGGUUGACACUGAGAUUUCUACUGCUGCGAUUAGUUCUCAAUCUUUUGGGGUUGCUGAUAUGACAUUUAGGCCUGGGUGUUCGAAUGAUGCUGGUAUUAAUGAGAAUGGGAUUUUGAGUCGAGGGAUUUGGGGUAACCAACCGCAGCGGAUGAGGACAUAUACUAAGGUUCAAAAGCGUGGAUCUGUUGGAAGAUCCAUCGAUGUCACCCGUUACAGAGGCUAUGAUGACCUACGUCAAGACCUAGCUCGCAUGUUUGGAAUUGAAGGGCAACUCGAAGACCCUCAUAGAACCGAUUGGAAACUAGUGUACGUUGAUCAUGAGAACGAUAUUCUGUUGGUUGGAGAUGACCCUUGGGAGGAGUUUGUGACCUGUGUUCAGAGCAUCAAGAUACUGUCAGCAGCAGAGGUUCAACAGCUGCAUCAUUUCAUUGGUGAAUGAAAUAGAGGUUUCGGGGAGAGGUCUGAAUCACUGUAUUCAAUAUGUUUUGUUGUAACCACAGAAAUCAGAUAGUGCUAAAUAUAAAACCCUUUAGGUGAAAGUAUAUCAUUAUGUAACUGUAGGCUCUACUAACACAGGAGAGAGUAUUGAUGCUGAGGAGUUCUAAGUUUUUGUUAUAAAGGGAAUGUUUUCUGGUUUACGCGAGCAUUGUUCAUCAAGUUGGGCUCUCAACAUAUAUAAAAGGAGUGUUUUCUGGUUUA